GGUGUAACGUUGGCUAGUGUUUGCAACCAUUCAGAGCAUUGUAUACAAUUUACGGAGCUCUGAGGGUGAUUCCAAUUACGGAAGUAGAUUCGACCUGCGAACGUGAUUCUAACACGUGAAACAAGACUAAUCACUUUCAUUUACUGACAAAAACUAAAACAUUAUAUACAUUUGGAAGAAACGUUAAUAUUGCAAAGCAGUUUGUGAAACUUUAUCUUUUACGUAUGAUUCUUUAUUUUCCCGUACUGUAAAAUACCGCAAACGCUUCCAUUCUAGUGAACAAACAAAGGUGUUAGAAAUUUAAUGAUAAAAAUGAUCGUAAACUACGUUUAAAAUGUACCAUAAAAAUUUGUAUAGUAUUUAUUAGUAAGAAUAUUCAUCAUUCUAACUUCCAGUUUUACUACGAUCGCGGUCUUUUACAGAAGGAAUCUCUAAUAAAUGCCUUAUGAGAGUACAGUUAAUUAUGAAAUGGUUUCAAAAAGGCAUGCUCCAAAGACAUCAUUCAUGAAGAAAUAUCAUAAGUUGUUAAUUUUGACGAGGUUACGAACCAACUGACAAUAAGAUUCCUAUACUAGAAGAAAUCGAAAAAAAGGAUAAAUAUCUGAACUCAAAAGAAUAUUGGCAAUCACGAAUCACGAGUUUAUUUUUCCAGUAAAUGUUCGCGAAGUUCAAAUUUCAAUCAUAAAACACUGACCAUUUUUUUUCAUAAAAGAUAGUAUUCGUUAACUUACAACAAACUGAUAACGGGCGUGAUGAAGACUGACACGUGUGGGCGCCCAUGGACUAGGGCGGCAGCUUUGAUUAGCAGCCUCUUCCUGCUGUCAGCCACAAUCAAGGCAGAAAUGAUACCCUUAGGAGCCAUCUUCGACAAAGAUGCGACCGAAAUUCAAGGCGCGUUUCUUCAUGCCAUGAAUCAGUACAACCAAAAUACGACGGCCCGGCACAUCAAGCUUCAUACGUAUGUGGAUAUUAUUAGCACAGCUGAUGCUUUCAAGAUCUCCAGGUUGAUCUGCCGCCAAUUCUCUCGACCCGUAUACGCUAUGGUUGGUUAUGUCCAGCCAGACAGUUUUGAUACGCUUCAUUCUUACGCCAACACGUUCCAGAUGCCCUUUGUAACUCCAUGGUUCCCCGAAAACGUACCUAACCCAUCCUCUGGGCUAAUGGACUACGCUACGAGUAUGAGGCCGGAGUACCACCAAGCUAUAAUCGACCUUAUCCAUUACUACCGGUGGGAUCACAUCAUUUACCUCUACGAUUCCCAUGACGGAUUGCUCCGACUUCAAGAGAUAUUUCAGGCCAUCAGACCAUCCAGAGCGAGCUUUGAAAUCAGGGUGGUACAAAGGGUAUCUUCAGCUGAAGAUGCCUUAGCGUUUCUUAACACUCUGGAGAAAAACAACAGAUGGUCCCACAAAUACGUCGUGCUAGACUGUGGAACAGAAAUGGCCAAAAACCUUAUCAUCGGCCAUGUCAGAGAUUUGAGAAUGGGUCGCCGGAACUACCAUUAUCUUCUCUCUGGACUGGUCAUGGACGAGAGAUGGGAGGAGGAGGUGAAGGAAUUCGGGGCUGUCAACAUCACCGGGUUUCGCAUCGUCGACACCUCCAGACCUUAUGUCACGAACUUCCUCGACACGUGGGCGAGUCUUGACCCUAAGGUUUAUAUGGGUGCUGGUGUAAACUACAUAUCCGCACAAGCAGCUCUGAUCUACGACGCGGUAACUGUGGUGGCUGAAGCUCUUUCAAAGUUACAACGCAAGAAAAUAGAGGGUUACGAUGACGCAGCAGCUGGUUUGGAGACGCCUCAAAAGAUAACGUGUGACUCUAGCCAGGCGGACCAGACCAUAUGGGAACAUGGCGAAAAGAUUACGAGAUUGAUGAGAAAAGUGGAAGUGGAAGGAUUAACUGGCAAUAUCAGCUUUACGGAUAAAGGAAAAAGAGUAGAUUACUCUCUGGACGUGGUUGAGAUGACAUUUAACAGCGAAACGGUUAAGCUAGGUCGCUGGAGCGACACUGGUGGCUUCGAGCCGGCAACAGUCAAUUACACGAGACUUCCGUCAAGGACAAUGCCCCACAACAAGACGUAUCGCAUCACUACCAUUCUGGAAAAGCCUUUCGUUAUGGAAAGAAGUGGAAAUCACUCGGGAAAUGAAAAGUAUGAAGGGUAUGCUAAAGAUCUUGCAGAUUUCAUCGCUGCCUUCCUGGACAUCAAAUACACUCUACAGGUGGCGGAGAAUGGCAGCUACGGCGUCCCUGAUAGCCAGGAUGAUACCGGUUGGAAUGGUAUCAUCGGAGAACUUGUCAGAAAGGAGGCCGACUUGGCCAUCGCACCUCUGACUAUAACUUCCUCUAGGGAGCAGGUCAUUGAUUUUACAAAGCCCUUCAUGACGGUGGGGAUUUCCAUCAUGAUGAAGAAGCCCCCUAGGGACAAUCCAGGAGUGUUCAACUUCAUGACUCCCCUAUCAGAGGAAAUCUGGAUGUGUGCUGUCUGUGCUGGCAUUGGUGUUUCCAUCGUUUUGUUCCUCGUCAGCAGAUUUAGUCCCUACGAGUGGAAGGUAACAGAAACUUACAGCAAGUCAAAGGUAACGAACGACUUUUCAAUGUGCAACAGCUUUUGGUUUGUACUAGCGUCCAGUCUACAUCAAAGAGUGGAUCUUUCCCCAAAGUCUGCGUCAGGACGAGUGGUAGGAGCAGUAUGGUGGUUCUUCACCCUCGUCCUAAUCUCCUCCUACACGGCCAAUCUGGCAGCUUUCCUGACUGUGCAACGAUUGGUAACGCCCAUCAAAUCGGCCGAUGACCUGGCAAGCCAGACACAAAUCGAAUAUGGCACCACGGAAAACGGGUCCUCCAAGGAAUUCUUUCAGCGUUCCAAGAUUAGCGUGUACAGCAGAAUGUGGGAUUUCAUGAGUUCCAGGCCACAAGUGUUCGCCUCAACCUAUGCUGAAGGCAUCAGGAGAGUCAGGGCUUCUAAAGGAAACUACGCUUUCCUUCUGGACAGCGUUCACAACGAUUACAUCAAUGGUCAGAUGCCUUGCGAUACUAUGAGGGUUGGGCCCGACCUCAAUGCAAAUGGAUACGGAGUUGCCACGCCAAAAGAUUCGCCUCUAAGGGAUCGGCUUAACUUGGCCAUACUGAAACUGCAGGAGGAAGGCGAGUUGGCAAGACUUAAGAAUAAGUGGUGGUACGACAAAGCCGAGUGCACCGGAUUCAGCCCCGAAUUGCAUACCAAUUCACUGACCCUAAGCAGCGUCGCAGGAAUAUUUUACAUCGUCACAGGAGGGUUGGUAUUUUCCAUGAUCGUCGCACUUAUCGAGUUCUGCUACAAAUCGAAGACAGACGCUACGCGGACAAAGCUGAGUUUGGCAGCAGCCAUGAAAGCCAAGGCUCGGCUUUCAAUCACCGGUAGCCAAGACCUGGACAAUGGCAGGUUUUACGCACCUGCCAGCCAGUUGUUCCAUGAUGGCGAGGCCGUGCAUGCAACCAACACCCAUACCCAGGUCUGACGGCGGCCAUGUGCCUCUCAAGGCCCACCAUCGCACUUGCAGCUACUGCACACCUCCUCUCAGUCAUCCACCAACCAGCUUCCCCAACCUCUACAGCCUUCUGCCCAGCUCCAACAACAGCCCUUAACUCCCUACAGCUAUCAUCAUCAAUCACAAUAUCAACAGACCCCCAUGCAGUCCUAUGAUCAGAGACGACCCUCUCAAUCAUCUGUAAGUGGGGCCUUUCCCACAUCACCUCAAUCCUCUUCUCAACUGAUCCUUGGCCAAACACAGCUUAAUCACACCCUGCCAUCCUCAUUCUCGCAGGCACAAAUCAACCACAAUAUAUUCACAUCGGUCAGCUGUGAUUCCCAAGCCCUGCUGAGCACCUCACCUCCUUUGGUCACCUUCAGCCAGCCUCAAUCUGUUUGGUGCUCUUCGGGUAAAAUGAAUCCACCACCGCCGAUCGACCAGCCAACUAUUCACUCAAUCACAAGUUCGCAGCCUGAUAUACAGCCAACCAAUUCUCAGAGCAUAGUGCAGGCGCCAACAACAUCAGAGUGUGCAGAUUUUCCCUUCUAGGAUGGACAAGAGAGAAUGCUGUGCGGCAUGAACUAUUCCUCAUUGCUUUUUCUACUUUUUGACAAUCAAGGUAAUGAAAAUUUGUAUACAGACAUGCUGUUAACGGUAUUUAAGAUUGUAUUUUGUGUAGCACAAUUUUCCACCAAUAUCUUUUGACUUGAAAUCAUAUCUCACAAUGACUGUCAAUUUUAUAACAGAAACUAAAUCAAAACAAAUGGAAGUCGAAGUCCUAAAUAUUUCUAAGUCUUCAAAACGCAUAUAUAUACAACACAAUUUAAAAAUAUAUCCGGAUGCAGAUCCUAAUAAUUAAUUUUUUUUUUCAUUCUAUACUUGUAUCGCUAAAGUUUACUUUUCUAUUUUCACUAUUAAAAAAAUUGGAGAUAGUAACCUAUACAGGUGAAAAGUCAAGUAUUUGAUAAGAAAAUUUGUAAAUAUAUAAUGGAACAUCUUAUUCCAAAAAUUAUUUAUCUUAUUUUGUCUUGUUAACUGCAAUACGAAAAUCGGAGACAGUACCCUAAACAGGUGAAAAAUCAUGCAUUUGACAAGAAUACCUUUACAUCAUUUCACACACACACACAAAUAUUUUAUAAUUUCAUAAAGAAUUUAAAGUGAGCUGAUGUAUAAAGCAAGAUGCAAAUAAAGAUUAGAUGUUCAUUUAACAGCAAACAUCACUAAGAAAUCACUGUAAGCAUACAUUUAAAGAGACAUUAGCCACUAUGUUAUCAAUUUACUUGAUUCGCGAUUACGGUUAUAUCAGUCGAAAAUAUUGAGUCUUGUCUCGUCCUCGCUUACAUGACAUAUAUAUUUGUGAUGAUGCAGUACAUUUUUCGGUUCAAAGUAACACAUACAAUAUAACAGCUUUUAUACCAUUAAUCAGUUUCUUAAAGUAGACUUGUGAUAAACAAAUCUUCACAUAGAUUCACUGUACAGAUACCUCUUCCAGAAAAAUCUUUGCAGCCUCCAGAGAUAAGAGUAUAAUGUGGAUGAAAGGUAAAGAUUCUUCAUUCAACACAAAUUCGUUUUAAAGUAUAAAGUAUUCCAAAAGUAGAUUACAAAAUUAAAUAAUUAAUUUACGAUCAUUGGUUAAUUAAUACAUCAGGUAUUUCAAUAUUCGACAAUACUCUAAAUAAUAAUUUUGUUUUGACCGCUUUGUCCAGACAAAAGUACGACAACAAAAAUGAACGGAGAAAUAUAUGACUAUUUCAGUUACCACAUUUGAAGAAGAUAGUGACUCAAUGAUUGCAAACAUAAUACUGCGUGCUAUUAUAGAACCUUCAGUAACUUACUUUUUUGAGACUACAUUUAAAGGUGAAAAUGUGUUUUUAAAAGAUGAGAACAGUAACUGGUAUAUUUUCAUCUACUUCUAACAUUAUUUUACUUUGUAGAGUUUCGCUAUAAAAAUCUUAUCUAGAUUCAUACAAAAUUAAUGAAAAAGAUAUCAGAAUGUGUAAAAUUAAUUAAAUGCUCAAUAAUUUGCAUUAUCAUCUUGAAAAAUCAGAAGCUUACCUAACCAUCACAUGUUUAUAUGAAAUUGGUCACCAUUUUCUUCUCGCUGUUUUUCCAAAUUAUUUGAUUUUGUAUUGAUUAAUCAGUUUAUUAACUACUCUGGUAACAGUUAUGCCCUAUGCAGGCAUACGAAACUAUUACGAAAAAAUGCAUAAUGUAAAAAAGUUUUCUCCAAGUACUACUUGCAAGUUACUUCGAAGUGUAUGCAAUUUAGUUUGCAGUUUUAAAAAUGUUUUAUAAAAUAAACAAAUCUAAUGAAAAGAAGAAUAAUGUUUGGAGCGUGUGAUAAAUAUUUGCCAUACAAUUAUAUUAAAUAUCCGUUAUUUUAAUAAUUUAGAUUGAAAAAUAAAAAAAUAAAUUUAAAAAAAUCUGUUUUAUCAUAAAAUCAUGAUCAGUAUUACAAAGGUUCUCCUCAUAGAUUCUAUGAUUUUCACCUGCAUAUUUCCAAGGUGGUUUAAACCGGCAUCAUUCCUAUAUGAAAUUUCUUAAAACCCACAUAAUAAUUUUGUUUCCGACCUAUUGAGAUACCAGACAGAUGAACGUUUAUUUCAAACAUUAUAGCCAUACACUGAUGAAUUUAACAUUAUCUUAUUUUUCUUAAACCACAGUAGGUCCUAAACAAUAUCAUCUUCAUGUCUAAGGACAAGAGAGGUUUGCUACUAACACUACAAAAGGAAUAGAUAAAUCAUAGAUGGAAGAGUUUGCUUAUGCCAUGACAACUGCCCGAGUAAAUUGAAAAACUGUUCUUAAAUUAGGAAACUGCGAACACCAAGAGCAGAAAUAUAUUUGGCAAUAUGCACCCAUCUAAAUAUUCCCUCAUCGGCUGCCCCAUCAUCUAAACCAAAAAUAACUAGGUUUAACAGUAAAUGAGAUAACUGAAAAACGCGUUAAUUGACGGUUGAAAUGUACUCUUAGUUGUUGUAUCUAUUAGUUAUGAAAUUCUUAAAACAAAAACAAAAAAAAUUUAGUAAAACGAAACUUACAUUCUUAGCUCCACAAUACAAACAGGUAUACAAGAGGAAGCGUUUGCUCUAAGGUCGAUCCGCGCUGAUUUGUUUGAGAUCAUUCAUUAAUGUUAUAAUUCAUUCCUCUGGAAAAAUGGCAAUUCAUGUCAAAACCGAAUAAAGAGACCGUUGCAAAGACCAAACCUUUAAAGCACAUAGAGAGAUGCUUGGUACAGUUGCUUCUCAAAACCCAGCCAGAUAUCUGCAACUCUGAAUACGAAAUUUCUUUGGACUAAAAAUGUAUCACGACAA